AAAAAAAAAAAGUACAUACCUAGAUAAAACCCAAGCAGCUCUGCUCUCUUCACUCAAGGCACUCAAGUGCCUUUAGUUCACUAACAAUUUUAUUCUGGAAUGAGCUUUUUUUCCUCCCCUGAUCUCAUCAUUUCUUUUUAUUGCUUUCUCCAGCCCAAGAAUCUAUCAUUUUGAAGCCAAAGAUAGCCUUAGAGGUGGGUGACUACAAAAUCAAUCUCAAACUCAUGGAUAACCAGAAGAAAGACCAAGUGACCACCUUAGAGGUCAGCGUGUGUGACUGUGAAGGGGUCGCCGGCAUCUGUAAGAAGGCACCGCUUGUCGAAGCAGGAAUGCAAAUUCCUGCCAUUCUGGGGAUUCUUGGAGGAAUUCUUGCUUUGCUAAUUCUGAUUCUGCUGCUCUUGCUGUUUCUUCGGAGGAGAGCGGUGGUCAAAGAGCCCUUACUGCCCCCAGAGGAUGACACCCGGGACAAUGUUUAUUACUAUGAUGAAGAAGGAGGUGGAGAAGAGGACCAGGACUUUGACUUGAGCCAGUUGCACAGGGGCCUGGACGCUCGGCCUGAAGUGACUCGUAACGACGUUGCACCAACCCUCCUGAGUGUCCCCCGGUACCUUCCCCGCCCUGCCAAUCCUGAUGAAAUUGGAAAUUUUAUUGAUGAAAAUCUGAAGGCAGCUGAUAGUGACCCCACGGCCCCGCCUUAUGAUUCUCUGCUCGUGUUUGACUAUGAAGGAAGCGGUUCCGAAGCUGCUAGUCUGAGCUCCCUGAACUCUUCAGAGUCAGACAAAGACCAGGACUAUGAUUACUUGAAUGAAUGGGGCAAUCGCUUCAAGAAGCUGGCAGACAUGUACGGAGGCGGCGAGGAUGACUAGGGGACUCGAGAGAGGUGGACCCUAGACCUCUGUGCUGGGAAAUGCAGAGAUCAUGUUGCUGGUGGUUUUUCAGCUCCCUUCCCUUGAGAUGAGUUUCUGGGAAAAAAAAGAGACUGGUCAGUGAUGCAGUUAGUAUAGCUUUAUAGUCUUUCCACUUUAUAGCUGUAAUCGAUGUGUGUUAGAAAAGUUUUGACUUAUUCCUUGAAGGUUUUUUUUUCCCCCACCACGCUUUACAUGGUGGUGAUGUCCACAAGAUACCCAAAUUUUAAUAUUACAGAAGAACAACUUUAGCAUCAGAAGGUUCACCUAGCACCUUGCAGAUUUUCUUAAGGAAUUUUGUCUCACUUUUAAAAAAAAGGGGAGAAGUCAGCUACUCUAGUUCUGUUUUUCUGUGUAUAUAAUUUUUUUUUUAAUGUGUAUGCUCCUGCUCAUUGCUACAAUGGUUUGUCCCCCUGCCCUUUUUUUUUUUUUUUUUUAAAGACAGGGUCUCAUUCUGUCGGCCAGGCUGGAGUGCAGUGGUGCAAUCACAACUCACAGAAGCCUUGUCCUCCCAGGCUUAAGCAAUCCUUGCACCUCAGCCUCCCAAGUAGCUGGGACCACAGGCAUGUGCCACUAUGCACGACUAAUUUUUUAAAUAUUUGAGACAGGGUCUCCCUAUGUUACCCAGGCUGGUCUUAAACUCUUGGGCUCAAGUGAUCCUCCCAUCUUGGCCUCCCAGAGUGUUGGCAUUACAGGCAUGAGACACUGCAUCUGCCCAGCUCCCCAACUCCCUGCCAUUUUUUAAGAGACAGUUUCGCUCCGUCACCCAGGCCUGGGAUGCAGUGAUGUGAUCAUAGCUCACUGUAACCUCGAACUCUGGGGCUCAAGCAAUUCUCCCAUCAGCCUCCUUUUUAUUUUUUUGAACAGAUGGGGUCUUGCUAUAUUGCCAUGUUAGUCUUAAACUCCUGGCCUCAAGCAAUCCUCCUGCCUUGGCCUCCCAAAGUGCUGGGAUUGCGGGCAUGAGCUGCUGUGCCCAGCCUCCAUGUUUUAAUAUCUACUCUCACUCCUGAAUUCAGUUGCUUUGCCCAAGAUAGGAGUUCUUCGGUGCGGAAAUUACUGGGCCCUUUUAGGGUAAGCAGCUCAUGUCUUCGUCUGGCCACAUCUUGACUAGGUAUUGUCUACUCUGAAGACUUUUAAUGGCUUCCCUCUUUCAUCUCCUGAGUAUGUAACUUGCAAUGGUCAUCUAUCCAGUGACUUGUUCUGAGUAAGUGUGUUCGUUAAUGUUUAUUUAGCUCUGAAACAAGAGUGACAUACUCCAGGACUUAGAAUAGUGCCUAAAAUGUUGCAGCCAAAGACAGAGUGGAACUAGGAAAAGUGGGCUUGGAGAUGGCAGGAGAGCUUCUCAUUGAGCCUGGCAAUUUAGCAAACUGAUGCCGAGGAUGAUUGAGGUGGGUCUACCUCAUCUCUGAAAAUUCUGGAAGGAAUGGAGGAGUCUCAACAUGUGUUUCUGACACAGGAUCUGUGGUUUGUACUCAAAGCCCAGAAUCCCCAAGUGCCUGCUUUUGAUGAUGUCUACAGAAAAUGCUGGCUGAUCUGAACACAUUUGUCCAAUUCCAAAUGUGCAUAGAAAACUGAGAAUAUUCGAAAUUCUAAACAUUUUUCUUAGGAGCAAGAAGAAAAUGUGGCCCUAAAGGGGGUUAAUCGAGGGAUGGGGGGGUGGAGAGGAUCUUGAUUUGGAGCUCUUUUUAUUUAAAUGUGAAUUGCAACUUUUUGACAAUCAAAGAAAAGACUUUUAUUGAAAUAGCUUUACUGUUUCUCAAGGGUUUGGGAGAAAAAAAUCAACCCUGCAAUCACUUUUUGGAAUUGUCUUGAUUUUUCUAAAGUUCAAGCUGUAUCGAAUAUAGUUCUAUGUAGAGAAUGUCACUGUAGUUUUGAGUGUGUACGUGUGUGGGUGCUGAUCAUUGUAUAUUUUCUUUAGGGGUGGAAAAGGAAAACAAGCUGAGAAAAGUAUUCUCAAAGAUGAAUUUUUAUAAAUUUUAUUAAAGAAUUUUGUUAAACCAUU